UUUUGACUGAUCUCAUCUCAGCUACCUAAGAACCGGAAGACCAAAACCAAGUAAGAGAAACAGGGUGAAAAGAUAGCAGAAACCAGCAGGACUCUGGGAUGCCAGGGACCUCAAGCGAGACCUUUGCCUGUGGGAGGAAGUCGGAGAGCGAAACCCGCCGAGAACCAGGAGCUCGGAGGACCAGCCUGUUGCUCUCUUCUCCCCCUCCUCCUUCUGGACUGGAAGGAUCGCUCUCCCCGUCCGCCUCCGGAGGUCAGUGUAAUCAACCGGAAGGCCGAAUGGAGGAGGUGUUACCGGACCUGAGCCGGAGGAACCAGUACAGACCCUCUGUGUUACGACAGGGCCAAAUGCAGCCUUCUAAACACUAUAUCGAGAACGGUUCACACACUCAGCCAAUCCUGGUCCCGGAGUCAGAGAGCCAGGACCCAGGCCCCCACUGGGGUUCAUCUCCCCCCGCGGGAGCUCCGUCUCCGGGCCGUCUCGCCGGCGCCUCCUCUCCUCUCCUCCCUCUCCCCUCCGGGAGAGGAGGGAGUCUGCAUCCCUACUCCCAGCACGCCAUGCAUCCCGACCACUCCAGACUCCCCGCCACAGGGGGCGCCAGAGGUCUGUUUGUGAGUGGGCUGUGCCGCUGGCUUGGGUGUGUCAGGUCGUUUGAAGAUAUCUCCAGCCUUUUUAUCCACCUGCAGGGAGAACAUGGCCUCACUGAGCAGAGCCUGACCCAGUAUAGAAGCCAGCAGGACAUGGUGCACUACCUGGAGAGAAAGCUGACCUUGGAGAAACAAAGACUGCGGUUGAUGGAGCGCCACAUCUCAGACACCAGCCCGGCCCAAUCCGCGGCAUAUGAUUGGUCGUACAGUCUGGCUCUCUACCUGGCCCCGCCCCCGGUGACAGAUGGGUUGGCUGCGCCGCCCGGAGUGGUGAAGGAUGUGGUGGACUUCGCUCAGCAGGGCUGCUGGCCCAAUGGCCCAGCACACCUUCUGCCAGAUUAUGUCCCCAGCAUUGAGUGUUACAAGUAUAACAACAUCAGGCCCCCCUACACCUACGCUUACCUCAUCAGAUGGUCCAUCCUGGAGUCCCCGCUGAAGCAGCGCAGCCUGAAUGAGAUCUACACCUGGUUCUCCACCAUGUUCUUCUACUUCAGACACAACACGGCCACCUGGAAGAACGCCGUGCGCCAUAACCUGAGCCUGCACACGUGCUUCGUGCGCAUGGAGGGGGGGAAGGGCGCGGUGUGGACUGUGGACGAGAGGGAGUACCAGCGGAGGAAAGGACCCAAGUACCACAGGUACCUCACAAUCACUACAGUGGAGAUUAGAGGUACUACAGGUGUGUUUAGAAGCACUACAGGUGUCUUCAUUUACUGCUGGUGUUUUGGGUUUGGUUCUGAGAUAUUACUGGUGGGUUUAGGAGUAAUACAGGUGUGUUUGAGUAUUUGAUUAUUUAAGGUGUGUUUAAAUACUACAGGAGUGAUUAGUUGAUUAAAUCAACUACGUGUAAAAGUACCACAGGUGUGUUUAGUUAAAUCUUUCAGGUGUGUAUGAAUACUACAGCUGUGUUAAAUUCAUUAUGUAAUCCAGGUGUGUUUAAAUACUACAGGUGUGUUUUGUUCCUUUAGUCCACCAGGUGAAUUUGAAUACUACAGGUGUGUUUAGUUCAUUUAUCCUACAGGUGUGUUUAAAUACUACAGGUGUGUUUAGUUCCUUUAGUACACCAGGUGAAGUACUCCAGGUGUUUUACAUCUACUGCAAGUGAUUUUAAAUCUGAGACAGAGUGAAUAAGAAACCCUGUCUUUCCUCCAGGGACCAACCCGGGAGUUUGAUGUCACCUUACUCACAUUUCCGACCUGGAGAAUCGUGAGGACGUUGUGUCCACUGGUCUGCAACGGUUAUUUUCCACCAGAAGAGGGCGAUUUUACGGCGAAUUAUAUUCGGACAGUGCGGUGGCAAAUUUGCGUUUCUAUUAACGACUAUAACUAUGAUGGGUUUAAAGAAGCUAGGGUCGAAUAUCUGGAGGAACCAGCCAGAGUAAGCUACCUUUGGAAAGUAUCCAUCCGGAAAAAUCCCAUCCUACCUUCAGGUCUCCCUCCAACGCUACUACCCAAAAAUACUUCAAACAAAUGACUAGCUCGCUAGCCUUAGCAUAGAUCUGCCUAGCCAAAUUUUGUCAAUUUCUUGUUAGAUACAUUUUUUAAUUCAUUGCCAUCGGGUUUUAGAGAAUGUCAACAAUAAUAAAAAGAAGCUUGAAUAAAUUGCCUAUCCAAACUUUAACCCUACAUCUUUACCCUGACCAUAACUUGAAUAUCAAUCUGUAACCAGACAAUUUCAGAUUACCAUUGAAUACUACCUACAUGUAACCAUUGCAAAUCAAUGACCUAAUCGUAACCAUUUCUACUAAUUGUAUAAAAGGGGAAAAUAACCAUUAAACUGUAUAUAGUGAGCUAUAUUCAGACUUGUUUGUCAGAAAAGUAAUAAAGCCUAUCCAAACACCCCAGGAAGUGAAUACAACAAUGACUUGUGUGAAUUAUGCUAUUAUAGAAUCUCAAUCUUUCCAUGAAAAAGGGAUGUUUUAGUGAACAAAAGGGAGCCAGAUAUGACCUUAUAAGAUUUGUAAUUUAACAGUAAUUCAGUUCCCCACUGUGAGCCUACGCAGAGAAUCCGCUAGAAGUUGGGGCGAGCUCUGUGAUGUGUCCCCGGUGUCCUAACUUCAUCAUGGAAACUGUGAGCCACGCCAGUUUCAAAAUGACCGAGCUAAGCAUUUCUAUAUUUAAAAAAAGAGUAACUUAGAUACCUAUGGUCUGAUUACUCAUAUACGAUCAUUUGUCUAGUCGAUCCAGUGACAGGAAAUAUUGAACAUAAAGGAAGUGAUGUCCUUUGAGCACAUAUAAAACCGUAUCAUAAGCAAUAAGUUUAAAAACAUUCUUCCUCUUUAGUUUCUCCUUGAGCUACGGGUCUGUUUCACAACCUAAUAUUUCUUCCUUCUUUCUUUCUUCAUAGUUGCAGGUUAUAGUCUGACAUAUCUCCCUUUUGCAUGAUUGAAGGGUUUGUACAGUAGCUGCUAAUAAAAUGAACCCUUUUUGGGGGUUUUGGACAGGAUCUCGUUACACGUCCACCUCCAGAUGUACAAAACAGGUGUCCCUUCCUUCCUAUACAAAGAGCUGGAGGCGUUGGUGGAAGUCAUGCUAUCGUGUCUGUGUAUCCAGACGGCAUCAAAGACACCUCUGGUAGGACGAAAGUACAGGUUGGUAUAAAUGUCAGUGUGAGUCAGUCUUUGGGUGGUUCUCCAUGGUGGUGCAUGUUUUCGAGAACGCAUGACCUGGAUGUUGAUAACAAAAAAAGAGAAAACCAGUUCGGAGUUUUUCAGGGGAUUUCAAAUUCAUAAAUAGGGUUUGCAGGUUUCAGCCACCGAAAUAUAUGUUCCAUGGUGUCACGACUCAACGCCAAGAAAGUCAUCGUUCUGUCAGAUAGAAACAAUUAAUAUCAGGUUCAAAACACACACUGGAUAUCCAAGAUAAUAUCUGGG